AUGGACAGCAAGCAGAGCACGGGCCGUCCCGACCGCGAGCAAUCGACGGCGGCGGUGGCGUCUUCCUCGCGGCGGAGCUUGAAGAGGAAGUUAGAUGAGGAGUUCGGCGACGAUCGGUUGAGAAUAGGCGGCGAAUCGGUUUCCGAAUCACAGCGAGAUCUAGCGAGUGAAAUCCGCAUCCAAGUCGAGAUCCUCGAUUCAUCUUUCUCAUCCGCCGGGCAAGAUCGCGCGUCCGCAAAGCGCGCCAUACACGUCCUGUCCGAACUCGCCAAGAACGAGGAUGUAGUCAAUGUGAUAGUGGACUGUGGGGCGGUUCCCGUACUUGUAAAGCAUCUACAGGCUCCGGCAUUCGUGAGGGAGAGGGAAGGUGCUCUGAGGCUGUACGAGCAUGAAGUGGAGAAAGGAAGUGCCUUCACUCUUGGACUCCUAUCCAUUAAACCAGAGCAUCAACAGCUUAUUGUUGAUGCGGGAGCUCUAACCCAUCUCGUGAAACUAUUAGAAAGGCGUAAUGUUGAUCCAAAUUCUCGAGCAGUAAAUGGUGUCCUUAGGAGAGCAGCUGAUGCAAUCACUAACCUUGCUCAUGAGAAUAGCAGCAUAAAAACCCGUGUCAGGACUGAGGGUGGUAUUCCUCCUCUUGUUGAAUUGCUUGAAUUUCCUGAUUUAAAGGUGCAGAGAGCAGCAGCUGGAGCCCUUCGAACCCUUGCUUUCAAAAAUGAUGAGAACAAAAAUCAGAUUGUGGAAUGCAAUGCUCUUCCUACUUUAAUACUAAUGCUGCGGUCUGAGGAUGCAGCCAUACACUAUGAAGCGGUUGGUGUUAUUGGAAACCUGGUCCACUCAUCUCCAAACAUUAAGAAGGAAGUUCUUGUUGCUGGAGCUUUGCAACCUGUCAUUGGGUUACUUCGCUCCUGUUGCUCAGAGAGUCAAAGGGAAGCUGCUCUGCUUCUUGGGCAAUUUGCUGCGACAGAUUCCGAUUGUAAGGUGCACAUCGUCCAAAGAGGUGCUGUACCCCCACUCAUAGAAAUGCUCCAGUCAACAGACCCUCAAUUACGGGAAAUGUCGGCAUUUGCUCUGGGGAGGUUAGCUCAGGAUUCUCAUAAUCAGGCUGGUAUUGCACACAGUGGCGGGAUAGUCCCAUUACUCAAGCUUCUUGAGUCCAAAAAUGGAUCCUUGCAACAUAAUGCUGCAUUUGCUCUCUAUGGGCUUGCAGAUAAUGAGGAUAAUGUUGCAGAUUUUGUUCGAGUUGGGGGUGUUCAGAAACUUCAGGACGGUGAAUUUAUUGUCCAACCCACAAGGGAUUGUGUGGCCAAGACACUGAAGAGACUUGAAGAGAAGAUCCAUGGGCGGGUAUUGAGUCACUUACUGUACAUGAUGCAUGUGGAAGAGAUAAGUGUCCAAAGACGUGUGGCUCUGGCCCUGGCUCAUCUCUGUUCUCCAGAAGAUCAAAGAACCAUUUUCAUAGAGAAAAAUGGACUCUCUCUGCUUUUGGAACUUCUAGAAUCCACCAACUCAAAGCACCAAAGGGAAAGUUCGGUAGCUUUAUGCAGGCUCGCUAAUAAAGCAAGCUCACAGUCUCUCAUGGAUGCUGCUCCUCCGUCCCCUAUACCUCAGGUAUAUCUGGGCGAGCAAUAUGUAAACAAUCCUACAUUGUCCGAUGUGACAUUUUUAGUUGAAGGGAAUCGAUUCUAUGCUCACAGAAUAUGUUUGCUUGCUUCAUCCGAUGCAUUUCGAGCUAUGUUUGAUGGUGGUUAUCGGGAGAGAGAUGCCAAAGACAUUGAGAUUCCUAAUAUCAGAUGGGAUGUUUUUGAGCUGAUGAUGAGAUAUAUCUACACAGGAUCUGUUGAUGUCAACUUAGAUAUCGCACAGGAUCUUCUUAGGGCUGCCGAUCAGUAUCUGUUAGAGGGUCUAAAGCGCCUGUGUGAAUAUGCCAUGGCACAGGACAUAUCGGUGGAGAACGUGUCUCUCAUGUUUGAGUUAUCAGAGGCUUUUAAUGCUCUGUCUUUGAGACAUGCUUGCAUUCUAUUCAUCCUUGAUAAGUUUGACAUAUUAAGUGUCAUGCCAUGGUAUCCCCAGUUGAUUCAACGUAUAUUACCAGAGACUCGAAAUUACUUUGAGAGAGCAUUGACGACUAGACAGAUUCAUGUGGAUCUAAGACAGUAA